GUCGUAAUGAUGUAUAUAUCGUAACUGUUAGUUAUUUUCACUGUCUAAGCUUUAACGUGUGCGAAAACAUAAUGCUUGGAGGCACAUUUAUUCUCGGAGUACUUCUGGUCCUUAUACCAGAUCCCAGCCUGGCCACUGACUGUCCGGAUGGCUGGAUGGCGUUCAACGCUUCAUGCUACUUGUUUGCACACGACAAUAUGCACUACGUAGAAGCAGAGAAAUACUGCGAGCACCUUCACUCCCACCCCGUGCGUAUCGAUUCACAGGAGGAGAGUAUAUUUCUGACCAGCUUUCUGGCCGACAUCAAAGAUCCCUACCACUGGAUUGGACUGAACGAUGACGUCAUUGAGGGUCUGUGGAAGUGGCACGACACGGACAAGGUCCCGACGUUUACGAACUGGUAUCCCGGGCAACCGGACGGGCAUAGAAACGCGAACUGUGCCAUUAUCCACGCCUCACUGCAUUAUAAGUGGAGCGACCAGGGCUGCCAGGAGAGCUACAAACCUCUCUGCGAGAAAGUCGGACUUGGUCACGAGGUUGAAGUAGUCGGCUAGCAGAAUGCAUGGAUAUUAACUAAGUACUGUCGACUGAAGUGU